AUGCGCCGGCACGCGACGGCGGUGUCGACGCGGUGGAUACUCCGUUAUCUCCGCGUCGAUGACAGCUGGGGCGCGUGCGUCGCGCGGGAUGCCGCCCGCGCGCUCGCCAGCACCGUGUCGACCGCGCGCGCGGACAAGAACGCCCGAUUUAACAUCGUCGGGUUUUGCUCAUCGCCCAUCACGUCGUGGCGCGGGUUCGUUGUGGGUUCACAUCAAGCGGAACGUGGCACUGGUGCUAGUCGCGACGGUCGUGGUGGUGGAAAGCUCUCGGGAUCUGCCAAGCUAAACCAAGAGAUCAUCGCGUCCCGGAGCGCGGGAGAGAUUCUCGCCAUCGUCGAGGAUCGAGGAGAGAGUUUUAGCAAAGUCAACGUGGCGACCGCGGUGAACAGGCUGUACAAGGUCGCAAAGGCGCGCGAUAACCUCAGGAGGGACCCGAGGUACAAACGUCUACUCGACCUGGUGCGCUUACACUGCGGCAGGUUUCGUGCUCGAGAAGUUUCUAACGUCGCCCACGGCCUCGGAAUGCUGUGCGCCAACAAAGGCGCCGGCAACAUCGACAAGGAGACGGCGGAGCUUUUGAUGCGAGCGGUGCAGAAAAACGCGAAUGAGAUGAACCCUCAAGAGAUCGCCAACGUGCUGAACGCGGUCAGCAAGCUCGACGCGGCAGCAGAGGCAGUGUCACGGGAGGGAUGGAAACGCCUUGCCGAGGCUGCUGAAUGGCAAGCCCGAGAUAUGAAUCCUCAGGGGAUCGCCAACGUGCUGAACGCGCUCAGCAAGCUCGACGCUGCUGCAGCAGCGGUGUCACAGGAGGGGUGGAAGCGCCUUGCCGAAGCUGCCGAACAGCAAGCCCGAGAUAUGAACCCUCAGGACAUCGCCAACGUGCUGAACGCGCUCAGCAAGCUCGACGCUGCUGCAGCAGCAGUGUCGCCGGAGGGAUGGAAACGCCUUGCCGAGGCUGCCGAACGGCAAGCCCGAGAGAUGAACCCUCAGGGGAACGCUAACGUGCUGAACGCGCUCAGCAAGCUCGACGCUGCAGCAGCAGAAGUGUCGCCGGAGGGAUGGAAACGCGUUGGCGAAGCCGUCGAACGGCAAGCCCGAGAGAUGAACCCUCAGGGGAACGCCAACGUGCUGAACGCGCUCAGCAAGCUCGACGCUGCAGCAGCAGCGGUGUCGCCGGAGGGAUGGAAACGCCUUGCCGAAGCUGCCGAACGGCAAGCCCGAGAUAUGAACCCUCAGGACAUCGCCAACGUGCUGAACGCGCUCAGCAAGCUCGACGCUGCUGCAGCAGCGGUGUCACAGGAGGGAUGGUCGUAUUUCUCGGUUGCUGUUGAGCGCCAAUCAGUUGCGAUGAACGCGCAGAAUGUCUCGAACACAUUGAACGCGUACGCUGAGAUGCGAAAACGCCGACCGCAAGCGUCCGCGGCGGUGACGGAAACGGGCUGGCAUUCGCUUGCAGCGGCGACGGCGAGAACUGCACCGACGAUGGCCAAUCAAAGUAUCGCCUUGACCGUGGACGCGGCGAAAAAGCUGGAUGCGUUUGCGUCGGCGAUUGACGACGAGGGAUGGGAAAUAUUGGCGGCGGCGGUGGCGCGCAUGGCUCUAGAUUCCAACGCACAGCAAGCCGUGCUCGCCCUCUCCGCGGUCGGUUGGAAACAGGAGCUCGCGCGAAGCCUGCAUCGUCAAGGCGGGUUUGACGCGUUGAUUGGCUCGAUCGAGAGGAACAUCGACGCCAUCCGCCGGGGGUACCCGCCCGACUUUGCGAAAGAGACUCGGAAGACGCUCGAUGCCAUCCGGCUCAUUUACGAGCACGACGACGGGGCGUACGGCGACGAGCGGCUCGAGGGUUUGAGAACCGAGCUCCAGACGAAACCAGGUAAUCGUCACAAGUAG